UGCUAUCCAGCCUCCACAGGCAGAGAAGAGAGACGCUGUAUUCUUUAUUUUGGAUAUAGCCUAACAACAUUAUUUUAUUUUAUUUUAUUUUGGAUAUAAAAUCCUUCUCACGUCGUAUAACAUCAUCUGUAGGGUACAGACGCGGCGCUGCACUUUAUCCAUUUUUGGCAGAGAGAAAAGAAAGAAAGUUUGAAAGUUAAGUGUAGGCUAUAGCGGACUGCUUUAUUUGUUCAUUUAAACCAAUAAAACGCCUUUUCCUUCUUCCAAUUCAUCUUUAAGAAAGAUUCCAGGACAUCUCAGGGGAACCUUUACGCACGGCGCGGCACACAGGCGGUGGAGUGUUUGCUUUAUCAUUAACUGUUAAAAUUCUGCAUCAGUGGGACAGGCAGCACCGAGUGUGUGUGCGGGCGGGCGUGCGUGCGUGUGUUCCGCGUCAAAGUCGCCAAGCUUGCGUCUGCUGAUGCGCAAACAGCCAGCUGCGGCGACUCGCUGCUCGCGGACUUGACUGCUCCUUUGUUUGCACGGGCUGAGCAGUCCAGCGGUGCCGCGUCAAGUCGCUCGCGCCUUGGAAACUACACACGCACGCUCGCGCACUCCUCGCCACGCCAAUCCCCUGCGCGCGCAAGGUCUGGUUCUAGAAUGUGAAGAAGCUGCUGCUGCUGCUCGCGACCAGGGUGGAAUUCGAAGUCAGACGAGGAAAUACAACAACAAAAGGAAUAAAAAAACAGGAGGAGAGGAAACAGCAGGAGGAGGAGAGAGGGAAGAAGAAGGAGAGAAGAGGACAAUGGCGCUGCGCUCGGGGAAAGGGUCCGCGUGCCUUCUGUUGGCGCUGCUGAGCCUGCUGGCCUGGACAGCUGUGCACGCGGAACCCGCCGCUGUACCGGAGGAGGAGGAGGAGGAGAGGUCUUGCCAGGGGGCUUUCGACCUCUAUUUCGUGCUGGACAAGUCUGGGAGUGUGAAACACCACUGGAUAGAGAUCUACUCCUUCGUGGAAAGCCUGGCAGAGAAAUUCAUCAGCCCUCUCCUAAGGAUGUCCUUCAUUGUCUUCUCAUCGCGAGGAAACACCAUCAUGAAGCUCACAGAAGACAGGGUUGAGAUCAGGAAGGGUCUGAACAUGCUGAGGAGGGAGAUCCCGGGAGGAGACACCUUCAUGCACCUCGGGUUCGAGAAGGCCAACGAGCAGAUCAUGAAGGAAAACUUUGGUACUGCAAGUGUCAUCAUUGGUCUGACAGACGGAGAACUGAACGAACAGCAGCUGUAUGCAGCACAACACGAGGCCAGUCGGGCGCGAGCCCUGGGGGCGAUCGUCUACUGUGUAGGAGUCAAGGACUUCAACGAGACGCAGCUGGCCACCAUAGCUGACACUAUAGAGCACGUGUUUCCUGUCACCGGAGGAUUCCACGCACUACGAGGAGUCAUAGACUCAAUCAUCAGGAAGUCCUGUAUCGAGAUUCUGGCAGCAGAGCCCUCCAGUGUGUGUGCCGGGGAGUCGUUCCAAGUGGUCGUCCGUGGCAACGGGUUCCUGCACGCGCGGAACAUUGACCAGGUGCUCUGCAGCUUCAAGGUCAACGACACCCUGACCAUCAAUGAGAGGCCGGCCGGUAUUGAGGAGACCUUCCUCUUGUGUCCUGCUCCGGUCAUCGACGAAGUCGGCAAAGUUAUAUAUCUGCAGGUCAGCAUGAACGAGGGCUUGUCCUUCAUCACGUCAAACGUCCACAUCACCACCACCGAGUGUUUUGAUGGCACCAUCCUGUUGAUAACUCUACUGGUGCUGUUUCUGCUGCUGGCCUUGCUGUUCAUGUGGUGGUUCUGGCCCUUAUGCUGCACUGUGGUCAUUAAAGAGCCUCCACCUCCCCCACCCCCAGAGCCGGAGUCUGAGGAUGAGGAUGGCAUGCCGAAGAAGAAAUGGCCGACAGUCGACGCCUCCUACUACGGAGGAAGAGGAGUGGGAGGCAUCAAACGCAUGGAGGUGCGUUGGGGGGGUAAGGGCUCCACAGAGGAAGGUGCUAAGCUGGAGAAACCGAAGAACGCGGUGGUGAAGAUGCCGGAGCAGGAGUUCGAACCCUUCGAGCCCAAACCCAAGAAGAACCACCGCAGGUCACCGCAGAACCGGAAGUGGUACACGCCCAUACAGGGUAAGCUAGAUGCCAUCUGGGCGUUGUUUCGACGCGGCUACGACCAGGUGUCACUGAUGAGGCCACAACCAGGAGACCACGGUCGCUGUAUCAACUUCACGCGUGUGAAGGAGGAAGCAGCCAAAGCUCCGCCCCCCCACAGGCCCAUACACACCCCGCCCCCUGCCCCCGAACACAGCCCUCUGAUUCGCCAGCCCAGCCCGCCCAGCCCGCCCAGCCCGCCUCCUCCACAGAGUCCGCCCCCCAGAGCUCCUCCGCCCAGUCACGGGCCUCCGCCCAGUCACGGCCCUCCGCCCAGUCACGGGCCUCCGCCGGCUCGUACGCCCCCUGGACCCCCCUGUCCCCCGCCCUCACGCCCCCCUCCCAGCCUGGACCGCUGAGGACACACACACACACACACACACACACACACACACACACACACACACAUUCACAGACACACACACACACACACACACACACACACACACACACACACACACACAGCCAGUAGCCACACACACACACACUGAGCUACGAUGUUUCUGUAGAGAUGACCAAUCCAAUUUAUUUAUACGAGAGUGUUAGUGCGUGUUAGAGAGAAGAGAGAAGCGAGGGAAGAGAAGAGUGAGGAGAGGAGAGAAGAGAAGAGAGAGGGAAGAGAAGAAAGGGAGAGAAGAGGCACUUUGUUGCUGGCCAGCAAAUAACAAUGACGAUAUUGUAAUAAUAAGAAAAAUGAAGAAAAAUGAAGAAAAUUAAAAAAUAAAGUGGAAGAAAUCGUACCGUAUGAGAAACACUUCAGGCAACUACUGACUUUACUUAGAGACGUCCUUGGCCCCGUUAGCAACAGAACAUCCCAUAAUAGUAUCCAUGGAUACAGCACGUGUAAUGUGGACCCUGUUAGCAAUAGAACAUUCCACAGUAUCCAUGGAUACAGCAUUUGUAACGUGUAAUGUGGACCCAACACCAUGAGAGAUGUAUCAUAGUAACCAUAGAUACACGUCCAUAGUGAUACUUACAUCCCAUAGUAUCAACAGAUCCCCAUCACCAUGGAGAUCAACACAUCCCAAGACACCCCAUAAUAGCCACCGAUGCAUGUUGUUGGCAACCCAAGACACCCCAUAAUCCCAUAGAUACACCAAAGCUCUGUUGCCAUGGUAUUGACUGAUGACAACCCAUGAUCUCAUAGAUAUACCAAAGCUCUGUUGCCAUGGUAAUGACCAAUGACAACCCAUGAUCUCAUAGAAACACCAAAGCUCUGUUGCCAUGGUAAUGACCAAUGACAACCUAUGAUCUCAUAGAUGCUCCAAUGCUCUUCAGUACAGUAGCAAAGAUAAAGAAUGCUACAUGUCCCCAAAGAUAAAGAAUGCUACAUGUCCCCAAAGAUAAAGAAUGCUACAUGUCCUCAAUGCAACCAAAUGAAGCAUAGACCUAAACAGCUUAAUGAACAGCCAAAUGAAGCAUACCUACCAGCUUAACCAAAGAGGUUCAAAUAAAGUGGAAUACCCCAUGUUGAGAUCCAUUGGCCGUUUGCAGUAGACGCGACCCCUAGUUACCAUUGCUAUGGAUGCUAUUUCCCUCCAAAACAUUAGAAUCAGACACAUUUCGUUGCUGAAACUGCCUAUGCCUUAAAAAGUCUGACCUGGGAGUGGGGCAACCACAUUUUUUGCACAACGUUUCGGGUCUCACACAAAAACCCUGACGAUCGCAACACAAACAUCAUGACCACCAACAAUUACCAGGUGGUGUGGAGUUAUUUUCAGUACAUCUUAUCAUACCGUACAUAUUGUGCUUUAAACAUGCAUGGCUUUCCCACACCUGUAAUUAAACACAGCCCAUCACGAGCAUGGAAACCUGAAAGAUUCUGAGUAUUUUAUCACGGAUGCAGCGGGGACUAACCUUGACAAUUCUCCGAAUCAAGUGUGCGGGACUGGGCCAGCUAAAGAGCUUUCAGUCGUCUUAUUCAAAUAAGAGGUCCUAUCUGAUAGGAUAACAGCUCUAACUAAAGUUGACGUUGGCCAAUGGAAACAGCCCUUAUUGACGUGUUAGCCAAUAGAAACAGCCUUUGUUCAAGCUCAAGAAGCCAUAGCUGAUUGCUGUAGUGUGCCACAUUUUCCUGACUGCUGGAAACACACGUCUCAUAUACUCAUGAACAGCGUGACGUUUUCCAUGUGCGUUACGCCCAUUUGUGGGGGAAAACAGGCAAUGCAAGUCAAUUGGUGGUGUUGGGGUUUAAUAAACGAAAGAUAAGGACCUGUAGACACGCGUUGUUCACGCGCAACAUGCCGAAAACGUGUCGUGUUGCCGGCUGUUCAAAUAAUAUUGCCAAACGGCCGUGACUGAAGCUUGUACUGUGUUCAUUUAGGGUAGCCGAUGUAGCAUGCAAGUUGAUGAGACAUUCGGUUUGUUUUCACCCAUAAAGGGGCGUAACGUACAUUUAGGAGCAAAGUACCUGGAUGGCCGUUCAUGAGUAUAAGUGGUUUGGUGUGCUGAGGAGAAGGGACUAAUAGGAAGGAGGAACGGCAUGGGCUACGCCAGCUAGCACUGGGCAUCAGAGGCAGCCAUUGGCAACGGGCACGAAAUAAAUACAGUAUGACGUGAAAAUAUGUAAAUAACACACAGAGGCACAGAGCAGGUAUGGAAAUAGGCCAGGUGUGUGUGUGUGUGUGUGAGUGUGUGUGUGUGAGUGUGAGUGUGUGUGUGUGUGUGUGUGAUGCAAAGAUAAUGCAACCUAUGGCUGUCCAAAGGUCACAGCGCUAGGCUAAAGGUCACAGCGCUAGGCUAAUAGAAUAGCAGGCUAGGAAGGGUUUAUGUCCCUGUGUGUGUGUGUGUGUGUGUGUGUGUGUGUGUGUGUGUGUGUGUGUGUGUGUGUGUGUGUGUGUGUGUGUGUGUGUGUGUGUGUGUGUGUGUAUGUGUGUGCGCGCACGUGUGCUUCCACAAUUGUGUGUAGAGGAUACAGGCAGAGCGUGCAAGUGUCAAGAAAUGUUUAGUGUGGUGUUACAAUGGUGUGUAAGUGUGGAGGUGUAUUGUGGAGGUGUAUUGUGGGGGUGUUGGUUUGUUGUACGUGUGUUCAGGGCGGCUUGAGGCUCGAGGCUUGUGAAGUGUGUACUGGAGAGAUGAGGAGGAAGACAGAGCGGUCCGCUGAGCUGAGCGGAGAGAGUUGUACAGCUCAUCAAACAACAUUGUGGCUUCGUAACAUGAGCAUUCCGCUAACUUGCAACAUUCUAUCAUAGAAUAGAAUGAACAUCCCAUUAUGACAUGGGCAUUCCAUUAAUAUACAAUCAAAAAAAACAUUCUAUCAUAGAACAAACAUUCCAUUAUGACGCAACAGUCCCGUUAGAAGCACACAAUUCCUUUACAUAUAUAACAAACAUUCCAUUAAAGCACUUCAUUAAAGCACUUCAAACAUUCCGUUAAAGCACAACAUUCUGUUUGCAAAUGAACAUUCCGUGGGCUAAAGAGAAGCAGCUGUUGUGAUGUAAUCUAAAAUAACACCACACAGCACGGCAAUGCCCCAACC